AUGUACUUCACCAUCCCGACCGUCAGAGUGAUGUUUGUCUUCGAGAAAGAAGACGACGCGCAGUACCAGACGCUCAGAGCGGCUGCCGAGAGAAUGCACUACGAGUGCACGCUGGCCCUGAACACCGAGGAGGCGCUCAACUUCUACCUCGUGGCCCACCCGCACUUGGUGUUCGUCGACACGCGAGACGGCAACUCCACUGAAUCGGUGACCUUGUGCAGAAUGCUGCGAAGUUUCAAGGGUUGCGAGUUCUCUUGCCUCGUCGCUGUCGUAAAGAAAGCGCUGGCCGAACAAGACGACGCCGCCAUCAUUCCACUGCUGAGGUCUGGCUACAACAGGUGGUUUUCGGAAUCGUGCUCCUUGGGCGUGUGCUUGAACGAGAUGAUCCAGAUAGAGCACAAUGACCUGGUCAACCUGUGGAAGCUCAUGGCUUCCGAGACCCUUUUCUCCGCGCUGCACCAUACGCGGGACAGUGUCAUCGUCACCGGACCAAAACACGAGAUACAGUACAUGAACAGCGCCGCGGAAAAGUUUGUCGGCUUUUCGGUCGAGGAGAUGCUGGGAAGAGACGCCCGCGAUCUGUACGAGCUUUCGUUGCUCAGGCCGGACGUCGCAGGAGGCAUAGGCACGCUGCUGAGCGAGGGAAAGGAGUGGCAGGGAACUCUGCUACAGAAGCGCAAGGGCGGAGAGAGCGUGCCCGUGCUCAGCAAGAUCACUCCCAUCGACAUAAACACUGUCGGGAAAUCAGACUACAUCGUGUACGUGAAGGAGAACCCAUUCUUCAUGGACAAACCGUUCUCGGCUGACAUGGUUGGAAUCAGCAGACGGCAGUCAUUUGCAAAGUUCAACACCAUGGUGAUUGAAGCACCCGUCACAAAGGUUCUUAACAUGCUGUUGAAGGUUAAAGAGAGCUCCACAGCACCAGCCGUGGUGCAGCAACUGGAUCGCGUCAUCGACAUCCUCCGCACCAGCGAGCUGUACAACCCAAACCUUGGCGCCAUCCAGACGAAGACCGAGGACCAAACAGCCUCCGACGUGCCCACAACAGUCACGAACAUCGGAUCGCCACAGAGACCCAUGGGCGUGCGGCGGUUGUCCCACGAGGUGACGCAGAGGAGAGUGAGCAGCGCCAGCACAACGUCCAAUGGCGCGGUUCCGUGCCUGUCCUCGGCGCCGUGCAAGAUCGCCGAGUUGUUGGAGAACGACGUCAAGUGGGAGUUCGAUAUUAUCGAGUUGGAAGCUCUCACUGCACGGCGACCGCUCAUCUGGCUGGGUAUGUCGGUGUUCUCAAAGUUGAACGUGCGCUUGAGUUUGGAGACGGACGAUGCCACCAUACGCAACUGGCUGCAACUGGUGGAGAGUCACUACCUGGACAAUCCGUACCACAACUCGACGCACGCUGGCGACGUGAUGCAGGCCACCGCCUACUUUCUGCUUAAACUGAGGAAAAAGGACAUCUUCGACCCACUGGACGAGGCUAUCUGCCUCAUAUCAGCGGUGGUUCACGAUAUCGACCACCCCGGAAGGUCGAGCCAGUUCCUUACCAACUCCGACAAUGAACUGGCAAUACUCUACAAUGACCGCUCUGUACUCGAGAGUCACCACGCAGCGUUCGCGUUCAAGCAGACACUGUCGGACGAGAAGGCGAACAUAUUCCUGAAGCUGGACCGGGACACAUACCGCGCGGUGCGAGCGUCCAUCAUCGACAUGGUACUGGCCACUGAGAUGACCAAGCACUUCGAGCACCUCUCAAAGUUCAUCAACGUCUUCCAGAAGCCAGUGCAAGGAGAAGGGGCACUGGACGUGCAGACAGAUGAGGAAAAGCGGCGAGGCUUGCCCGUCGUGAUGCCCGCCUUCGACCGGCUCACCUGCAAAAUUGCCAGUUCGCAGAUCGGCUUUGUAAACUACUUCGUGCGUGAGAUGUUCCGGGCCUGGUCAGACUUUGGUGAGAUGCCGGAACUGAUGGACUACAUUGAGAAGAACUAUGUCUACUGGAGCGAAAAAGACAAGUGA